AUGCGCGGCCCUAAUUAUGGUGCUCUGGGUAUGACCUUCACCCUGGUGCGCGGUCUUCAGGCUGUCGCACUCAUUGCCAUCAUUGGCAUGACUGCGAAUUUUAUCUCGGAGAUGGUGUCUAGCAAUACGGCGCCGCCAUCAGUUCUAGUUGGGACUCUUGUAAUUACUUGCAUCGCCGUCCUUUACUGUGCCAUAACCUAUAUCCUCUACUUUGACAUCAUUUUGCCAUUUUUGCUCAACGCGAUCAUGGACAGCUCCUUGCUUAUCGCCGUCAUUGUGGUUGCUGUGACCGUUGGAAAACCACUUUCUUACUUGAACUGCCAAGCAAUCACCAAGACCUCAAAUGAUGGCAGUAGUGCUUAUGCAUUCACGGAGUCACUGGGGAGCAGUCUCGACAAGGAUGGAGGAAAGGUCAAUUACAGCCAGUGGGCUGGCGCCACAAAGGUUAAUUGCUAUGAGAUGAAGAGUAUCUGGGGCAUGAGCAUUGCACUUUGCAUUUUAUUCGCAUUCUCCGCCAUCUGCAGUCUUUGUCUCUGGCGCCGUACUAAGAAUAGCGCGCCCAAAUCUGUGGAAGAAGCCUAA